AGGCGGUCUAUUGUGGUAUAAAAUAGAGAGCCCUCCCGCUCAGUGCGCAUUUACUGGGAAUUUGAAGUAACGUUUGUCGACGUGUUACACUGAGUUAUCAGCAAAAUGAGGGAAAUCGUGCAUCUUCAGGCCGGGCAGUGCGGAAACCAGAUUGGUGCCAAGUUCUGGGAGGUCAUCAGUGACGAACAUGGUAUUGACCCAACUGGUACUUAUCAUGGAGACAGUGACCUGCAGUUGGACAGGAUCAAUGUCUACUACAAUGAAGCUUCUGGUAAUGUUUUUUUCUUUUUAUAUACUUUAAUGGAGGUUAGUGUUAUACUUGAUCCUUACCAUGUCUGUGCUGUAGGUGGAAAGUAUGUGCCCCGCGCAGUGCUUGUGGAUCUGGAGCCAGGAACCAUGGACUCUGUGAGAUCUGGACCUUUCGGCCAGGUCUUCAGGCCCGACAACUUUGUGUUUGGUCAGAGUGGUGCUGGCAACAACUGGGCCAAAGGUCAUUAUACAGAAGGUGCAGAGCUGGUAGACUCUGUUCUGGAUGUGGUCAGGAAGGAGGCCGAAAGCUGCGACUGCCUCCAGGGAUUCCAGCUCACACACUCUCUUGGCGGUGGUACAGGCUCUGGCAUGGGUACCCUUCUGAUCAGCAAGAUCCGUGAAGAGUACCCUGACCGCAUCAUGAACACCUUUAGUGUUGUUCCGUCUCCAAAAGUGUCCGACACAGUUGUUGAGCCCUACAACGCCACAUUAUCGGUCCAUCAGCUUGUAGAGAACACAGAUGAAACCUAUUGCAUUGACAAUGAGGCUCUGUACGACAUCUGUUUCCGCACACUCAAACUCACAACCCCCUCAUACGGUGACCUCAACCAUUUGGUCUCUGCCACAAUGAGUGGUGUCACGACCUGCCUGAGGUUCCCUGGGCAGCUCAAUGCUGACCUGCGCAAGCUGGCUGUGAACAUGGUGCCAUUCCCACGUCUGCACUUUUUCAUGCCAGGCUUCGCUCCCCUUACCAGCAGAGGCAGCCAGCAGUACAGAUCACUCACAGUACCAGAGCUUACCCAGCAGAUGUUUGAUGCAAAGAACAUGAUGGCUGCAUGUGAUCCCCGCCAUGGCCGCUACCUGACUGUGGCCGCCAUAUUCCGUGGCCGCAUGUCCAUGAAGGAGGUUGAUGAGCAGAUGCUCAAUGUACAAAACAAGAACAGCAGCUACUUUGUAGAAUGGAUCCCAAACAAUGUAAAGACAGCAGUCUGUGACAUUCCUCCUCGUGGGCUCAAGAUGGCUGCCACAUUCAUUGGCAACAGCACAGCCAUCCAGGAGCUGUUCAAGCGCAUCUCUGAACAGUUCACAGCUAUGUUCAGGCGCAAAGCUUUCCUCCACUGGUACACUGGUGAGGGUAUGGAUGAGAUGGAGUUUACAGAAGCAGAGAGCAACAUGAAUGAUCUGGUGUCUGAGUACCAGCAGUACCAAGAUGCCACUGCAGAGGAGGAGGGAGAGUUUGAGGAGGAGGGUGAAGAGGAUGUUGCCUAAAUCUUGCUGUCAAUGUUGUAUCUGUUUGUCCUGUUCUUGUGACCUAUUGCAUUUUUCAGUGUUCUAAAUAAAUAAGUUCUCAAAGCGGU